CAAAACUAAGACUCUCGAGAGAACUCCCAGGGUUUCCGCGGCCAACACUGUCUCCUGCGUAGAUCGAGCUUGCGAACCCAUGAUGGAGCAGCAACCCCCCGGCCCAGUCACGAACCACUCCGGCGAGCCCUUCGACAUCGCGCAGUCAACGUUAAAUUUUGAGGGUUGCCCCUUCGCUGGGGGCCGCCGCGCCCGAGGUGUGCCCGCAGCUCCCUUUUCCUUUCCGUCCCUGGGUGGUUGGUUCCAUCUCAAGAAACUCGCAUGCUCCGUCACUGCGAGCUCUAGUUAUGCGGCUCGGGACAGGGUUGGCGGGCUCGGAAGAUGAAAUGCGUUCCGCGCCUACCAAAUUAGCCAAAGCAGCAUUCCGGCGGUUUCCUCGUUUGGCAACAGGUUCGUGUGUUUGAUUCGAAAGCACCGCACUGCCGUAUUCAUUUGUGUAGACGAGUAAUGGGUUGGUUUAAAAGAUGUAGCUUCAGCCGCGGGUGCCCGCCCAUAUUGAUAUAGCCUGCUGCCCAUUUGCAAAUAAGGAAGACGUGCUCCACCGGGAGUAGGUAUCCCAAGUCACCAUCGUUGAACCGACGACAUUUCGAAAUCUAUCACGACCAGCUUUGGUAGCAAGGGAACACUUUCUCGGGAAAAGAAGCAGGAAGGGAAGCAGAUUUUCUCGGGACUUUCUGCUUCCCCUUUUAGCCUCUGCUGAUAAUCCUAGCGAAAAACAGCCAAAGCAUCAGAUAGAGGGAGAGAGAGGGUGAGAGGGAUCGUGAUCUACACUGCUGCUCGCGCUGACUGAGAUUGACAUCGAGGACGAUGAGCGGAAUAGCCUUAGUCCUUGAGAUCGUGAGGAAAAACCCGAGCUUCCAUUCCACCCAAUCUUUGCACUCCUAUGGACAUUUCUCGGCCGCCUCCUUACCCGCCUCCGCCGCUCCUUUUGCAGCGAGGUUCCUCUUCGGCAGUUUUAAGUUACCUGUCGCAUACUGCAAUGCUGGGACAGCAUGGUCUGAAGAUUUUGUUUCUAGUACACAAAGUAAUUUCGAGAAUAUAUUGCGUGACAAAUCUCUGAAACAUGGGGCCAAGAUAUACAAAAUAGAGAUGAAGCCUCUCUUUUCAGCUUUUGAGUUUAGGACAUUUGUCUUGACUUCGUUAAGGUCUUUUCUACAGUCCUAUUUGCCACUUUUACAGUCCAGUAUCCAGGAGGAGGAGGAUGAUAACUUCCUGCAGGAUGCCAUGGAGGAGCGCCAAGUAGAUAUGGUCGUUCCCUUCAAAAAUUCUGUCAAACAGAUCAUUCUGGAGACUACAGUUGUAACUACUAGACAGGUUUUGGAAAGGCUUGCUGUCCAUUAUGUUUCACAAAGAAUGGCAUGGAAACUUCUUAAAGAUGUUCCCAAAUCCACUACACGCAAGGCGCAAAGAGGGAUGCCGAUUUUAGUUUAUAUAUGGAGUGUUAGCAGGACAACUUUUAGAGGGCAGUUGCUAGGAACUGCAGCCGCAUGGCUCGUUCAAGUAGGAAUUGAAACUUGCCGAUGCUUGUCUAGUAUAUUCAAGUCCAGGGAAGAAGAUGAAGUGGAUCCAGUAGAGCAAGUUAUAAUUCUCGGGAAGGUCUAUAUAGUUACUGUGAAGUGUAGUGCAUCCCUGAUUUUUGCUUCGAUUGAAGCAGGGAUGGGUGCCACUAUUAUGCGCCCUUCACUCGGGCAGUGGAUUGGCUUUGUUCUCGGCGACUUAGCUGGCCCAAUUAUUGUGUCAUUUUGCUUUGAGAAAUAUCUCCAGUUGGCUCUAUAAAGUGUUGGCUUCCCAUUCUCUUGCAUGGAGCUACCCUUAUCUCGGGGU